CCUGGCACCUCUUUCUGUUACCCAAGAACUGGGUUCACGUCUUGGUGGAUGUCAAGACAAACAAAACUAAACAAAACCAAAAAAACCAACCAAGGCAAAGAUCAGGAGAAGGAAGGAUUUAUUAUUUGCUGCAAAAAUGUCUAAUGCAAAAGAAAGGAAACAUGCUAAGAAAAUGAGAAACCAGCCUACCAAUGUGACUUUAUCCUCUGGCUUUGUGGCUGACAGUGGUGUAAAGUACCAUAAUGGAGGUAGAAAACCUUUCCAGUCUCCAAAAGAGCCUCAUUCUGGACCUCCACGACAGCGGCAAACCAAAACGAGCCACCAUUCGCUGGCUGAGUCUGAUGCGAAGGAGCAGCCUUCCUCUAGGGUAACCUUUAAAAAAAAGGGAGGAUGGAAAGCAGGUCCCGAGGGCACUUCUCAGGAGAUUCCCAAGUAUAUAACCGCUUCUACUUUUGCUCAAGCUCGAGCUGCUGAAAUCAGUGCCAUGUUGAAAGCAGUGGCCCAGAAAUCUUCUAAUUCACUGGUUUUCCAGACACUGCCACGGCACAUGAGACGAAGAGCCAUGAGUCACAAUGUCAAACGCCUUCCUCGACGGUUACAGGAGAUUGCCCAGAAAGAGGCAGAGAAAGCGGUUCAUCAGAAAAAAGAACACUCAAAAAAUAAGUGCCAUAAAGCUCGGCGAUGUCACAUAAACCGGAUGCUAGAAUUUAACCGGAGACAAAAGAAGAACAAAUGGCUAGAAACUCACAUCUGGCACGCGAAGCGGUUUCACAUGGUCAAGAGGUGGGGCUACUGCCUGGGGGAGAGGCCGACAGUCAAGAGCCACAGAGCCUGCUAUCGAGCCAUGACGAGCCGCUGCCUCCUUCAGGAUUUAUCCUACUACUGUUGUUUGGAGUUGAAGGGCAAAGAGGAAGAAAUACUGAAGGCACUUUCUCCAAUGUGUAGCAUAGACACAGGAUUGACUUUUGCAGCAGUUCACUGUUUGUCUGGAAAGCGCCAAGGUAGGCUCAUGCUUUACCGGGCAAAUAAAUACCCUAGAGAAAUGCUGGGUCCUGUGACAUUUAUCUGGAAGGCUGAGAGGACCCCUGGUGACACUUCUGAGAGCAGGCACUUGUGGAUAUGGCUUCAUCCAAGUCUUAAACAGGAUAUCUUAGAGGAAAUAAAAGCAGUGUGCCAGUGUGUGGAACCCGCCAAGUCGACUGUCUGCCUCCCUGAUCCCCUUCUGACACCAUCCCAAGAAAAAAGCCAAACUGACCUGCCCACAGAGCAAAUUGGCAAGAAAAGAAAAUGGGAAGAUGAUGAGGAAAAUACUAAACCAAUUAAAAAAGUCACCGGUGAUGGGACUAGAGAUCCACUUCAGCCGUAUUCUUGGAUCUCUCCAACCACAGGCAUUGUAAUCAGUGAUUUGACGAUGGAGAUGAACAGAUUCCGGCUGAUUGGUCCACUUUCCCACUCCAUCCUAACUGAAGCACUCAAAGCUGCUUCUGUCCACACUGAGGGAGAGGACACAGAGAAGACACCUCACUGUUGGUGGAUUGAAACCUGCAGGAAUCCUGAUAGCGUUUCCCUUCAUCACAGACAGGAAACCAUCUUUGAAUUGUUGGGAGGAAUAACAUCACCAGCAGAAAUUCCAGCAGGUACUGUUCUGGGACUGACAGUUGGUGAUCCACGAAUAAAUUUGCCUCAAAAGAGGUCCAGAGUUUUGCCCAAUCCAGAAAAAUGCCAAGAUAAUGAGAAAGUUAGACAGCUGCUUCUGGAGGGUGUGCCUGUGGAGUGUUCGCAUAGCUUUCUUUGGAACCAAGAUAUCUGUAAGAGUGUCACAGAGAAUAAAAUCUCGGAUCAGGAUUUAAACCGGAAGAGGAGUGAAUUGCUGGUGCCCGGGUCACAGCUUUUUUUAGGUCCCCAUGAAUCCAAGGUUCCUAUACUUUUGAUUCAACAGCCAGGAAAAGUGACUGGUGAUGACCAGCGAGGCUGGGGAAGUGGCUGGGAUGUCCUCCUCCCAAAGGGCUGGGGCAUGGCUUUCUGGAUUCCAUUUAUCUAUCGAGGUGCAAGAGUUGGAGGAUUAAAAGAGACUGUAGUGCAUUCUCAGUAUAAAAGGUCACCUAAUGUCCCAGGUGAUUUCCCAGACUGCCCUGCUGGGAUCCUCUUUGCUGAAGAGCAAGCUAAGAAUCUUCUUGAAAAGUACAAAAGACGCCCUCCGGCAAAACGGCCCAACUACGUUAAGCUUGGCACCCUGGCACCUUUCUGCUGUCCCUGGGAGCAGUUAACUCGAGACUGGGAAUCAAGAGUCCAGGCCCAAGACGCAUCGUCUGCAGCUUCCUCUCCAGGUGGUGAGGAGAGUAGCCUGAGGAGAGAUGUGGUGCCUUGUGCUCCCAUGCCUGGAAGGACUCGACAGCUGUCUGAUGACGAGGGCACACCCCUAAACGACUCCAGCGAGCCCAAGGGAGUGAUGGACACAGAUGGUCCAGCCCGGGCGGGGACGGAGCGGGUAGUGGGCCAGGGUGCCACCGGCAGUCUCCUCUGUGUUCUGAGGAGUAGAAAAUUACUGAGGCAGCUGUCAGCCUGGUGUGGACCCAGUUCUGGGAACAGUCGGGCAGCCCCACGAGCUCCUGGCACAGGGCAGCAAGAAUUGAGCAGAGAGGCCUGCCUGUCCAUCCUGGACUGCUUCCCCAAGGCCCUGGUGUGGGUCAGGCUGUCCCUGCUGAGGAAGGGCAGCCCCGAGCCGCACACCAUGAUCUGUGUUCCAGCUGAGGAGGACCUCCUCCAGCUCAGCCAGGAUCGGCUGUACUGUGGGCCCCAGGAGCCCAAGCAUAGCGACCCAUUCAAGAGCCAGAUCCGGAAACAGAAGGAGAAGAAGAAACUAGAGAAGAGGCAGAAGCGAGGCUGUGCUGCAUCUGAGGGCCUGGCAGAGGGGGACUCUGCAGCUGGACAGCAGCCUCUGACCCUGGGCUUGUGGUCAGGCCCUCUCCCGGUUGUGACUUCUCACUGCUCCAGAGUUCUCCUUGGCUUUGUCACACAGGGAGAUUUUUCCAUGGCUGUCGGCUGUGGGGAAGCCCUGGGGUUUGUUAGUUUGACGGGCUUGCUGGAUAUGCUGUCCAGCCAGCCAGGAGUGGAGAGGGGUCUCGUGUUGCUGAGGCCGCCUGCCUCUCUGCAGUAUCGAUUUGCGAGAAUCGUUAUUGAGGUGUGAGGUCGGUUUACAUCCUGGCACAGAUAAUAACUGUGUUUGCCAAGUCCAACAACUGGAGAGUUGUUUUUGCUGUCUUCCGUUUCAAUAUAUCAUGUUAAAUUCCUUGGAAACGAGAAUUUAAAAAAUUAUGUAUUUAUGCAAAUGGAUGAAAUGUUUACCUCAUUCCAGUAAUGUCCUUGAUUUCCAUCUUUCCCUGUCCUUGCUGUAAUACUUUAAAAUUUUUUGGCAUAUAUAGCCAAAAGCUUUUGUAUUUUGAUUUCUUGGUCUGUGUAAUUCUUGCUGAAAAUAAUUAGAAGCCCUGUUGUUUUCUUGUGUCCUUUCAAGAACAAAGGGCUGUCAAGUCUAUUUGAAAAAUCUUGUGGUCAUGUGAUAAGCGACGACGGUUGUUUAAUGAUUUGAUUGUUACAGAAGUGGGAAAGACUAGAAACAUCUGGUCUCUGUGCAUGAAGUAUGGGCCCCUGUGGGCCACGUUAAAUUCUGUACUGUGAUCAGCAUGCCCAACGCUUUACACCAUAAAGAAGGAAAUCGUGGAAAACGUAUUGUUGCCUCUUUUCAGGCAGGUUCAGUUUAUGGCAAAAGUGUUGAGAUGGAACUAGAGUGGUGGUCUGUGGUUUUAUGACCACUCGUCCUCUGUGUUGUUGACCAGCGCAUGAUUCCAGGAGUUACUUAAUUUUUCUGUGCUUUGUUUCUGCAAAGAAUUUUUCAAAGCCAUAGAGGAGCAUUUCUCAAAAUAUGUUCUAUGAAGUAUGUUACCUAAGGAAAAGAGUCCAAGGACAGAGUGGGAAAUUCUGGGUUAAAUACAGUUAAGCGGGACUUCCUUGGUGACACAGUGGUUAAGAAUCCACCUGCCAAUGCAGGGGACAUGGCUUUGAGCCCUGGUCCGGGAAGAUCCCACAUGCCGCAGAACAACUAAGCCUGUGCGCCACAAACUACUGAGCCUGCGCUCUAGAGCCUGCGAGCCGCAACUACUGAGCCCACAUGCCACAAGUGCUGAGGCCUGCGUGCCUAGAGCCCAUGCUCCGCAACAAGAGAAGCCACCGUAAUGAGAAGCCUGCGCACCGCAAUGAAGAGUAGCCCCUGCUGCCAGUGCAGCCAAAAAUAAAUAAAUAAAUACAGUUAAGCACUU